AAGACGGUGACAAGGACGGGAUGGAGAGAACCUGCGACACUUUGUUGAUGUGUAUUGUGACUGUGUUGAACCAGGGGCUGAGGAAUGGCGGAGGCGUGGGGGACGUCCUUCGGAAGCCAUCCAAAGAGGAGCCGCUGUUUGCUGCUCGGGUGGUUUAUGAUCUCCUGUUUUAUUUCAUCGUCAUCAUUAUCGUGCUGAAUCUCAUUUUCGGAGUCAUCAUCGAUACCUUUGCAGAUCUCAGGAGUGAAAAGCAAAAGAAAGAAGAGAUCUUAAAGACAACCUGUUUCAUCUGCGGGCUUGAACGAGACAAGUUUGACAACAAGACGGUUUCAUUCGAGGAACACAUCAAGUCAGAACACAACAUGUGGCACUAUCUGUAUUUUAUCGUUCUGGUCAGAGUGAAAGACCCAACGGAAUAUACUGGACCUGAAAGUUAUGUGGCCCAAAUGAUUGCGGUGAGUCCUAUUUUGCUGUG